AUGUACGUAUCGGCAAGGGGUUUCCAGGGUAUGUACAUAUGCACCAACAGCGAUAUUCUACCGAGAGCUGACUUCAUUGCUGAACUUCUCCUCUUCAAAACCAAACAGCUCUUCCUCAUGCUUAUUGUCGCAUUGCCUGCGCGCGACUGGGCGCCAUGGGCCAAUCCGUUUCCAGCGUCAUUCAAGAGGCGAGAGGCAGAGGAUGUCCUGAAUACCUUGGUUGCUGUUGCUGAGGAUAAGGCGCGCAUCCAUCAACGCAAAGUCGCCAGGUCUUCCGUGGAUGCUGAAAUUUUGCCUGUGGAGAAGAUUGUUGGGAAGCUGCAUAUGGUGCACUGCGGUGUCAAGAAAGACCCUACGUCCAUCAAGCAAGUUCUGAGGGAGUGUUUGCAGAGUCGAGUCCGAGAAGACAUGGUGAGUUCGCCCUGGAGGAAAAAUCGAUGGCUUGACCGGAACGUCACUGAUGGGAGAACGAGUAGCGAGCUGAUCAGCUACGCAGUGGUAUUGGGCAACACCGAUGCCUUAUGGCUGACUUCCACAGGCCGGCUCGACUGCUACUUUUUCUACUACCGAUUUGGGUCCACCACUAUUACGAGCGUUGCAGAGGACUGCCUGAUCACCUCACUAGUCUUCUCGUCAGUCGACUCCUCGAGACUCCACGCCAACGAUAUCCGUAGACUGGUGGAAUCCGCCUAUUCUGCACCGCUUCCGAACGAGCAGUACGAGACCUCGAGACACCGAACGAAGAUGAUCGAAAGACAAAUUCUCAGUGCUCUGAACAACGCACCACGACACAGAUCUGCCCCCAAAGUCCUCGCUCCAAAUGCCGAAGUUCUAAAAUCGGCUACAAGCUGUUUCGGGCGGAAGAGCGUAGAAUUUGCAAUGUCACGGCAUAUCGUCUCCAAUUUUCGACAAGAGAAGCGGACGACAGCAUUGCAAAUCAGGGACAAUCGAAAGCCGAAGCAGAGCCAUUGUCUCAUUGUCGGUCUCAGACACGCACACCUUGUAUCAUUGCUCGGGAAUGAGGAGCACCAGGAGAUCGCAGGGGAUGCUGGUCGAACGCGAACAAGCCACAGUCGCGUGUCCUCGCCAUCCACAGCUUUUCUCAUACGUAGUAAUGCCAUGGCUGUAUUGACACCAGAAGGCACGCCAUCACCAGCAGAACGAGCGGAUGAUACUCCCGCGAAUGACGAUGUCCGACACACAACGGAGUCAGAAGCGCUCCCCGAGUCCGACCGAUUGACAAUCACAUUUAAAGACAUGCAAGGCUACGAGCUGGUAUUCAAAUUGAAGGGUACGACCAAGAUGGGGAGAGUGCUGAUACGACUGUCGGCAUAUUACGCACAGGUCCAGCGAGAGAAAGGCUGUCUGAGGUUUUUGGCUCAUGGUGUAAGAGUCCUGAAUGAUAUGACGCCGCAAGAUACCGUGUUGGCGCUUCUAGAUGGAGACGAGAUCGAUGUUUUCGAGCAAACCCUCGGAGGUCGUAGUGACUUGGAUUGAAUAUUGACCAGGACGACAAUCGUGACUACUCUGAUUGUGAGCUAUCGGACUCAGAGCCCUCAUAGUCACUAUCACCCUCUGUAGCCAUGCCAAGAUAUUUGUCGACUUGCUCAAUCCACACCUCUUCCUCUGUCCCCUUUGAAGUCUUGAGCGUGCUUCCGUCUUCAUCAAUCGAAGACGUUACCACUUCCUGUACUUCCGCCCAAAGCUCGUUAACGCCAAUGCGAUCUUGGGGAAAUUGAUUCAAGCACCUCUCGACCAGCUCACACAUCUUCUCCGGGAAGUGUUCCCUUGCUUUGGCAGGCUUGAGUACGGCACCAUGGCUAGACUGACCAGGCGCAAACUUGAGCUGCGCAGAUUCUGUCUCGAACAGCACCCCAGCCAUGAGCUCAUCUUCUUCCUGAAGCAUUGCGUAUCUCAUAAUGCGGCCCACAGACCACACGUCGCUCGCAUUGGUAAUCGGAAAUUUGUAUUGAUCUGGAUUCCAACCCUCGUGAUCGUACAUUUCUGAUCGGACUCGAAAGUUCUUUCUGCUGUAUGUAUGCGAUUC